GAAAACACUUUCGGGAAGGAUAAAGUUGUUCCUGUGCUCAGCCAGUCUUUACUCAGAGCCAAACCGUGGCCUAGCAGGAAGACCAGCUCGACUAUGUGGAGGAACAACCGGGCUCUUGGGGAAUCCUUGGCUUGUCUCGUAUUUCUGCUGACGCUCGUCGAUGCUUAUCGAUUCCUGAGCCAGAGCACAGCCUCCCAGUUCCUGAGAAGGCACAGGAGAGCCAACUCCCUGUUUGAGGAGAGCAAGAAGGGCAACCUGGAGAGGGAGUGCAUCGAGGAGCUGUGCAACAAGGAGGAGGCCAGAGAGAUCUUUGAGAACGAGCCAGAGACGGAAUUCUUCUACCCCAGAUAUGUUGCGUGUCUGGGUUCACACCGUGUCGGCAUCAACAACCCAAACUCGGAUGCCAUCCCGUCAGACCUUCGCACCUGUGUGAAGGAGAUCAGUGACCAGUGCUCACCGCCUCCAUGCUACAAGGAGGGUACAAAGCGCUGUGUGGACGGACAGGGCUCCUUCACAUGUGAGUGUAAACCCGGCUGGAAGGGGCCGCGCUGCGAGGACGACAUCGAUGAGUGUUCAGAUCCUGAAUUUCCAGCGGGAUGUAACCAAAAAUGUUACAACUUACCCGGUAGUUUCAACUGCAUGUGUGAAGAUGGCUACUUCGUCAAUGGCAAAGUCAACUGCGUGGAUAUCGAUGAAUGCCUGUUGUACCCCAGUAUCUGUGAAGAACCGGCUAAAUGUGUCAACACGCCGGGCUUGUAUGAGUGCCAGUGUCCCCUGGGUUUCAAAUAUAACUUCACUUCCAAGAUCUGCAAUGAUAUAGAUGAGUGUGAGUUGAGCGUGUGCGACGGGACUUGUAUAAACUCAGUAGGCAGCUAUACGUGCCACUGUGAUGGUCGUCAGGGUCUGCGUUUGGCGGAGGGUGAGCGAUACUGUGAAGCAAUCCCUGUUUGUGUGGACCUGUAUGACUUCAAACACCCUGAAAUGCUUUACCUGGGGGAGCAGUUUGCAGGCCUUCCUGUCAUCUAUCUGCGCUUCCGUCUGCCGGAGAACACAAAGUUUGCAGCAGAGUUUGACUUCCGUACAUUUGACCCAGAGGGAGUUGUGCUGUACGCAGAGUCCUCGCACGACUCAUGGUUCAUGUUGGGGCUAAGAGAAGGACGCAUUGAAGUCCAGUUCAAAAACCAGCACACAUUCAAGGUCACCAGCGGAGGAAAAGCCAUCAAUGAUGGACAGUGGCAUGUGAUCUCUGUGGAUGAACUGGAGAGCAGCAUCAGUGUAAAGAUCAGCAAGGAAGCUGUCAUGAGCAUCAACAGCCCUGACAGUCUCUUUACAUCAGUUAAUGGCAAACUGGAGACCAAGAUGUACAUCGCUGGUCUGCCCAACCGCACCGACAACGUCAUCAAACCUAUCAACCCCCGACUUGACGGCUGCAUCCGGGGCUGGAACCUGAUGAACCAGGGAGCAUCUGGGGUAAAAGAGGUCAUCCAGGAGAAGAAGAGUAAACAUUGCUUUGUGAAUGUGGAACGAGGGACUUUCUUCACUGGGGCAGGACUGGCACACUUCAACAUUGACUACAGUGAUUCUGGGAGCUGGAAUGUGGAUGUAAAGAUGAAUAUACGUCCGUCCAGCAGCACAGGUGUCCUCUUUGCUCUUGUCCACAACAACACAGUCCCACUGUCGGUCGCUGUGGUAACGAAGGGAGAAUACGAUGCUAUCCUGCAAGUGUUCUUGGACGGCGUCCCCGUGGCAACGCUGGACUCGCUGAUGUUGUGUUACCCUGAGCGGCUGAUGGUGCAGCUGAAUGUGACUCCCACAGAAAUCCAAAUCUCAGGCAACUCCUCCACUGUUACCUACAUGAAGUCUGACGCCCUGCGGGAGGCACUGAAGCACCUCAACAGCGCAAUGCAGAACCCCAUCAGUACAUAUAUGGGUGGGAUACCAGACGAUAUCCCGUUACCUGCCACCCCUGUGACGGCCUUUUACCACGGUUGCAUGGACAUCAGUGUCACCGGCCAGCAGCUGGACUUCGACGCGGCUCUCAGCAAACAUAACAGUAUUAAGUCCCAUUCUUGUCCUCCUGUGUCGGCCCCUGAGAGUCACCCUGACGCACCGCACCCGCACAGAAAGUGACCUUAAUUAACAUCACUUUAAAAAGCCCCCACGUCAUCCACACAGCGGCCACUUCUUGGGAUACUUUGGAAAGAGAGAUAUAGAAGAGGAGAGAAGAUGGGAGGGAGGAAGGGGACAAGAAAGAAGUGACAAGAAGAGGAGACAGAGGUAGACGAUUAUAGUCAUUUUUGUCGACUUUCUCUGAUGGUUUAUGCUUUUCAUCCAUAGAGUAUUAUUGUUCCUGUGCAGGGAGCAUUUUGUUUUUUUUGUUAUUUUGUUUUUAAGUGAGGCACAACGAAAGCUGGCUUGCCAUUGAGCUAGUCCGAAGUUGAAUGACAUAGUUGUUGUAGCAGUUUGUUGCAAUGAAUUAAAUGCUUUCCGAGAAACGUUUGAAAAGAGCUGAGCUCUGUAGCACGCAUACCAUGUGUUGAGCAACAGAUGGUUAUGUUUGUGUAGAAAAAUAAACAAAUGGUCACUGUGGACCAGGCUUUUAGACCACCUGCAUCUUUUUCCCUGUUGUUGAAUAAUGGUAAUAUUUCUAAAUUCUCUUCAGUUGUGGUCUCGUGAAGGCAAACGUCUGGAGACAACUAUAAAUUGUGGUUGUUGGUUGUGGCGGUGAAAACCACAGCAGAGAAAACUGAGCCUCCGGGCUCUAUAUCCAAUUCUGUUACAUUUUAUUUUUUGAAUCAUCAUCCAUUAUUUUAUUGGGGCUCUGCCUUCCUGAGGUGUUGCAUUGGUUUAGGAACGUUUAGAAACAUGGUUUAUCACUUUAUUAUUCCCAGAACCCACCAUGGUUGUCACAAGAUGUUUACACUUCUCAUUACAAGACUAUAUACAACUGCUAUGUCUGUCUUCUGUCUAUAUCUUCAGGGUUGCGUGUUCAGAAUUCACCUUGUAUAUAAAACAAGCCAUCUUUAAUAUAUAACUUAAAUGUAGUUGUUCAGUGUUGUGUUUGUUUCAUGUUUGUUUUAAUAAAAUUGGUCAAAGCAA